AAAAAAACGCGUUCAACAGGAAACCAGGAGGCGAAUGAGUAAACGUGACCCCAAGUGUCGCUGCGCUGACAUCCUUGGCGCAAUUGCAUCGCUGCGUGCAUCUCAACCAGCGACAUACAUCUCAUCUCUCUAUUGACCACUGAAUCUCAGGGAAAAAAAAAGAAAAAGAUUGCGUGUUGCAUCGAACAUGUCGCAAGUACCUCAAGUCGCAGAUACCCAGGAAAGGCAGCCCCUCUUGCAGCCAAACGACACCAGCAAUAGUACGCCUUUUCUCACCUCCACAGCCAUUGUGGAUGUCAACGAGGCAGGGAGCUCUGCGUCCGAGAUUGAUCGUUUGCAGCACCACCGUGCGAUGGUCCGCGACCGAUUCAGUGUCAAUUGGUGGUUGGAAUGGAUCAUUAUCCUGGUUGUCUUUUCAGUGACAGGAUCGUCCACGAUGCUCAUUGUCAGACCAUUGAUGAAGGCUUUGGGGUUAAAUGGGUCACUAGGAGCAGGACCAUGGUCCUUCCGUAUCGCCUACAUCGUUCUUACGCUGCCACUUUAUAGCUGCAUGCUGCUGCUCAUUUCGUCGCUCGUCUGUAGGAGGCCGUAUUUCGAAAACCUCUUGAUCAGAAUGUGGGACCGGCUUCUACCACGAUACAUCACGAACAAGUUCCAAAGGAGAGAGCCAGCGGCAUAAGUAGG